CGGCGACGGUGGCAGCCCGAGGUCUGGCUGCGCGCAGUCUAUGACAGUACGUCAGCAGCGGGAUGGCCGUAGCUGCGGCGGCGGCUGCAGAAGUCCGAGCAGCCGCGGCCGCAGUGGACGCUAGAGCCCGAGCGGCGUCGGCGGUGGCACCCCGGGGAGUUUAAGAUGGCGGCGGGGGGGACGGCGGGCCUGCGGGAGGAGCAGCGCUACGGACUGUCCUGCGGGCGGCUGGGGCAUGACAACAUCACCGUGCUGCAUGUGAAGCUCACCGAGACGGCGAUCCGGGCGCUCGAGACUUACCAGAGCCACAAGAAUUUAAUUCCUUUCCGACCUUCAAUUCAGUUCCAAGGGCUCCAGGGGCUUGUCAAAAUUCCCAAAAAUGAUCCCCUCAACGAGGUACAUAACUUUAACUUCUAUUUGUCAAAUGUGGGCAAAGACAACCCUCAGGGCAGCUUUGACUGCAUCCAGCAAACGUUCUCCAGCUCUGGAGCCUCCCAGCUCAAUUGCCUGGGAUUUAUCCAAGAUAAAAUUACAGUGUGUGCAACAAACGACUCAUAUCAGAUGACACGAGAAAGAAUGACCCAGGCAGAGGAGGAAUCCCGCAACCGAAGCACAAAAGUUAUCAAACCCGGUGGACCAUAUGUAGGGAAAAGAGUGCAGAUUCGGAAAGCACCUCCAGCCGUCUCAGAUGCAGUGCCUGAGAGGAAAAGGUCAACCCCCAUGAACCCUGCCAAUACAAUUCGAAAGACACAUGGCGGCGGCAGUGUUUCUCAGCGGCCUUAUAGGGACAGAGUGAUUCACUUACUGGCUCUCAAGGCCUACAAGAAACCUGAGCUGCUGGCCCGACUGCAGAGAGAUGGUGUCAAUCAGAAAGACAAGAACUCCCUGGGAGCGAUUCUGCAGCAGGUAGCCAAUCUGAACCCUAAGGAUCUGUCCUAUACUUUAAAGGAUUAUGUGUUUAAGGAGCUUCAUCGAGACUGGCCGGGUUACAGUGAAACAGACAGGCGGUCAUUAGAGUUGGUGCUUGCUAGAAAACUAAAUCCAUCUCAGAAUUCUGCUGGCACCAGCCGUUCAGAAUCUCCCGUAUGUUCUAGUAGAGAUGCUGCCUCCUCUCCUCAGAAACGGCCUUUGGAUUCAGAUUUUAUUGAUCCUUUAAUGAAUAAAAAAGCUCGCAUAUCUCACCUGACCAGUAGAGUGCCACCGACAUUAAAUGGUCAUUUGAAUCCCACCAGUGAGAAAUCCACUGCGGGCCUCCCUCCACAUCCCACAGCCGCUGCCAUCCCCACUCCUCCACCGCUGCCUUUGACGCACCUGCCUGUCUCCAACCCUCCGCAGACUGUAAACUCUAACUCCAAUUCCCCUAGCACUCCAGAAGGCGGGGGGACUCAAGACCUGCCUGUUGACAGUUUUAGUCAAAAUGGUAGCAUCUAUGAGGACCAGCAAGACAAAUAUACCUCUAGGACUUCUCUGGAAACAUUAUCCCCUGGUUCAGUUCUACUAAAGUGUCCAAAGCCUAUGGAAGAAAACCAUUCAAUGUCUCACAAAAAGUCCAAAAAGAAAUCUAAAAAACACAAGGAAAAGGACCAAAUGAAAAAACAUGACCUUGAGACUAUUGAGGAUAAGGAAGAAGACAUUCAAAGAGAAGAGGAGAUUGCCAAGCUGAAUAACUCCAGUCUGAAUUCCAAUGAAGGAGUUAAAGAGGGUUGCACUGCCUCCAUGGAGCCAUCUUCAACAAUUGAACUCCCAGAUUAUUUGAUAAAAUAUAUCGCUAUUGUCUCCUAUGAGCAACGCCAGAAUUACAAGGAUGACUUCAAUGCUGAGUAUGAUGAAUACAGGGCUUUGCACGCCAGAAUGGAGACUGUAGCUCGAAGAUUUAUCAAACUGGAUGCACAACGAAAACGGCUUUCUCCAGGCUCAAAAGAGUAUCAGAAUGUUCAUGAAGAAGUCUUACAAGAAUAUCAGAAGAUCAAGCAGUCUAGGCCCAAUUACCAUGAGGAAAAAUACAGAUGCGAGUAUCUUCAUAACAAGCUGGCUCACAUCAAAAGACUAAUAGGUGAAUUUGACCAACAGCAAGCAGAGUCAUGGCACUAAAACUCUGCUUGGACCAGAAAAUGUGAAUAAACUUAAGCUUAUUUAUUUAAAAUUCCAAAUGAGUUGCUCUAGAUCCUAAAAAGAUGAAACUUUGCCUGUUGGAAGUUUCAGUAUUAGUAAACUUGAGUUCCUUUUUUUUUUUUUUUCAUUUUACCUUGCUCCCCUGCAUUUUGAAGCUGCUUUGGCCGGUCCUUUUUUUCUCCUCUCAAGACUUGUGUUUGUUAAUAGAAGUAAUUUUUUAGAUAUUGGAGAUCCAGUGUUUAUAUACUUCAAAUCAUUUUUUUUUCCUUAAAAACUUGUGUUUGUCAUUAGAAAUGAUUUUUUAGAUAUUGGGGAUCCAAUGUCCACACUUAAAACUUGUGUGUGUUUAGAAAAAAAAAAAAAACAGUAAUGUAAUGUGUAAGGUGAAAUGCUUUUGGAUAAACAUAAGCCUAUUUUCUGACCUUUCUUAAUGCAAACUCUUUGCCUUAAAUGGUAGAAUAUUUAGAAAUUUGCACAAAAUACAAAAAAAAAAUUAAAACAUUGUUUUGGAGGGUUAAAAAUAGAGAGUUGUAUGACUGUGUAUGUGUAUAGAUUUUUAUACGCAUAUGUAUAUAUAGGCUGACUUGAUCUAGACUAUUAAAUCCACCCUGCAAGUUAACCCCCCAUUGCAAUGGUUGCCUUAAGGUGUUUGCUAGUCAUGUACAUAGUGUGGUUAAUCAUUAGCUGCACUGCUUCCCUGUGAGUCGAGCAAUGGGAAGCACACUGUGGCCUACUGGCAUUUGAAAGCAUGUGCCCGACCUAUGUGUGUGCAGAGGUGAUGUGGAUGCAAGCGUGCAUGAAGGACAAAGCUGCUACUCUCAGUAGGCCAAACGCUCAGGUUAAACAACUGACGAGUGUUACUGUAGGGGUUUUUUUUCCUGUCAAAUUGCUACUUCUAUUACGGAAGACAAAAGCAUUUCCAUUUCAACAGUUUGUCAGCUUUAUAAAUGUUGGACAAAAACUGAUGUUAUAAAAAUGAAACAGAUCUAUAGUUUUGAGGCAAAAUUAUAAAAUUAAAUGUGUAGGUAACCUAUUUAUAUACUGCUAUAAAGUAUUUUUUGAAGAGAGAUAUGCAAAGAAGCUAUUACCUACAUGAGAUGUAUAUUUAAAGAUUUUUUUUCAUCCUGGCUGCCAGGAAUAUUAAAAAGCGGAUAUAUUUAACCAUAACAUACUGUGAUUCAUCAAAUAGCACAAACUUUCAUUUCAUGGAGUUUAUCUGUUGAUGCUGAUUUAAACUAUCACUUGUUUUAUCAUGUGGGAACAUAAGUUAUAUGGUCAAAAAGAAAGGAUUUUGAACUAAUGUUGAUUCAAGUUGUGUUGUCUUAUAUUCUUUUCAAAGUGCUGCCAGUUGAAAAGGGAAGCAUUAUGUUUACAAAUCUGUUUUGAAAUGUUUGCCAAAAUUUUGGUAGUAUCUUUAAUAAAGAUGUCUGUCUCCAGCAUCCAAGAAAACAAAUAAAUAACUUUGUCGCGUAUCACUGUAAACCAGAAAAUGUUGGUAUCUAGGAAAUAUAAGAGAAUAUGUAGAUUAA